UGGUCAGAGAUUGAGAGAGAGAGAGAGAGAGAGAGGCACGCACAGUUGCCGGUGUCUUGACAGUGGAGGCAGAUUGUUGGAGACUCAGAAAGCAGAUCCAUCAGGGGAUUAUUUGGAAACCUGCUGCUGGGGUGAAGCAUCACGCAGAGAGACGGCUGAGCACAUGGUCUGAUGAGUACCCUAUCCGCUGGCUCAGAGAUGCAGACUCCCGCUCUUGGCCCCCAGUUCAUAGCAGGGCCCCAGGGAAAGGUACCUGGCAGGAAGAGAGGACGGCCUCCUAUCCGUAAGUUGGAGUUCCAGAGCCACUACGUUGAGCCUCUGUCGUCUCUCAAGGUCCCCAAGAAGAGAGGCAGGAAACCUGGUUUUAAGCUGAAGCCCAGGAUGGUGAUGUCUCCACUGGCCAACUCUCCUCCAAGCAGCACACCAGAGCCUGAAAUGGGCUCCAUCCCACAGGAUGCUGCAAUCGUCCCCCACUCUGCUACACCACAAGUCCUUACAGCAGAAACGUCAAUGCCUGACGACUUCUUAUGUGACCCGCCGGGGGACACCAAGCGUUAUGCUGUUGACCCCAGUGACUCCGCCUUCAAUGUCAUGACAUCACAGUACCCACCAAAGCACUCAUAUGGUUACCGCAGAAGCAGCAGUUGUACUACACCGGUGGGCUUGUGCAGACAAGCAUCAAGUCCAGCAAGCUUCCAGGAGGGAAACAGGAAUGCUUACAGCCCGAUGCCAGAUGCUGGAGACUGCAAGCGUCCUGCUGGUAAGGACCCGUCCAGCUGGGGUGUGGAGGAGGUUGUGUGGUUCAUCAAAGAUGCUGACCCUCAAGCCUUGGGACCUCAUGCUGAAGCGUUCAGGAAACAUGAGAUAGAUGGAGACGCUUUGCUCUUGCUGAAAAGUGAGAUGAUGAUGAAGUAUCUGGGACUAAAGCUCGGCCCUGCACUCAAACUCUGUUACCAUAUCGACCGGCUUAAACAGAAUCGGUUGUGAUUUGCAUCGGGGAGGGAGUCGGGGAAGCUGAACCCUUCAUCACCUGGUUAACUUUCACUAAAACUGUACAGGUGCUGAAUCUCUCAAACGGUUUGGUUCUCAGCAAUAGAUCAUGAACACCUUGGGAUCCAGAUUGCAUACUUGACAGCUUUUACUGCAUCUACAACAACAUUUUGUUGACCAAUUGGACAUGCUGACUAUAUAUUAAGACUAUUUACAGCCAAGUAAGUAUUUCAUUUCCAUCUUUGUUUACUGGGAUUCUGAAAGGUUUUAGAUUGUAAAUAGUUCAAUUCCACAAAGAUGGCAGCUACUGUAUGAUGGAACGUGACCUGUCAGAAUGUCCAGUCUGCUCAUAACUUGCUUUAUCUCACUUUUAGCUGCAUCUACCAUAAGAGACAUCCAGCAGUGAGAAUUUGGGCAGAUCUUAAACCAUGAGACAUAAGGAGACAUGAAGCUCAUCAAUCUCAAAUGGUGCUAUACCUCAGUAUCGUAUUUAAACUUCAAAGACAUCUUGUUUGAAAUUAAUUUUGUUGUAAUCUGACGUUAAAGUUGAUCCCGGUAUCAUGAUAACUGACCCGUCAAAUUAUUUGACACAUAUUGAAAUCUUUCAAGGUCUUUUGAAAUUUUCUUUAUCAGUCUAAUUCAACCCUUCCCACCCGAAACCAAAAACUGUGCUGCUCAUGUGUCACUGUAGAACACAGCUAUCCAGUCUCUGUGAGCCACAAAAAGAUGCAAUAAUUGGAAAAGCAAAGGCUUUUUAUGUUUCGAUCUACCCAUUCAACAUCAAGCUGAUCUCAUCUGAAUUACUCUUAGAAUAGUUAAAAAUUCCGACCCAUACUUCAGCAUUUCACUUGGUUCUAAUCCAUAUUUUUUCAUUUUGAUGUAAAAACAUAUGAAACUGCAUCAGAGACAAGCGAUAUGUCACAUCCAAGAAAGGUGGAACAACACAACUUGAUACCAUGAACAUUUUUACCACAGACCACAGCACAGCAGUGAAGUUAAAUGUUAUCUCAUCAAUGCGAGAUCAAACCACCAGCACUCAUACAGGAAGGAAAGGAGACAUAUACAUGAACCCAUGAAUUGUAUACCAUGUUGUUUGAAAUGAUAAUACUGAAUAGCAGACCACUUUGCAACCUUGCCAGUAAAAAAUGUUUUAUUCACCUGGGGUUGCAAAAUGUUGUGAGAGGAAGCAGCUUGUAGCAAACUCAUACACCUUGGUGCUCAACCUUUACUGCCACUACAAUCUCAACACUUUAAUCCCUCUCCAAUACACAUCAUCAAUAACUCUGUGUGACUUCCAUAAAAUGCUACAGUUUGCAGUACAGUUUUUAUUUUCAUGGUUUACCUCAAGACAUUUUGAAUAUGAACUCCUCUCAUUCGUUUUUUCC